UAGGCCACUUUUAUGGUUUACAGUGCUGGUUUAAUUGGUUGUUCAUGACUGAGCCGUGACAUCUCUGUAGCUUUUAUCCCUGGCGUAACUGUAUAUGUCCGAACACCAUGCAUAUACUAGUGUUCGGUUACGGUAGCAAGCCAACAGCAGUAACCGUAUAUAACCGGAGUGCUAUUCUGGAAACUUUCGAAUACCGCCAUAUUGUGAAAAUCUGUUACGGUGGCAUCUUAAAGCCAACCAGAUAGGCCGUAGCAGCCCUGGGGGCCAAUCAGAGUUGACAAGAUGGCGAAUUUGACAACAUGGCGGAUUUCGGCAGUGUACAGAAUGGCUCCCCAAUUUUCGUUACUCUCGUGCGCUUGAGCUGAAAUGGAUUAUUAUGUUGAAGUCUUUAUAAUCCCCACAGUAUCUCUAGAAUGAAAUGUCAACAUCGUUUUUCUUUCCCUAUUCCUGGCACCUCUUCAGCGGCGGUCCCCCGUCGGUGGUCGGAUCAGCAGCGGCAGCAGCAGCCGCCGAGCCCGAAGCCAUGCCGCGGCUGGGACACUACAGCGAGAAGUACGAGCUGAACGGCAGUGGCUCCGAGCAGCCGGCCGCCUCGUACGGUUCCUUCCGCAGGGACGAGCAGGGGGCGCUGCUCAGCCACGACCACCUGUUGAACGCCGCCGACGACGAACUGGAGUCGCAGACCAGCGACCAUGGUCUCGUGAUGGGGCCCGUGCAGAACCAGGCGCCCCUGUUCUUCCGAGACGGAAAGCGAAGGAUCGACUACGUGCUGGUGUACGAGGACAGCGAAGGAGCACGACUGGGCAAACACGAUGAGUGGCGGUCUACCUUCAUGGCCAACUUGCGCCAGGCCGGACUCGACAUGGAGGAGGAGCUGGUGGAGGGCGAGAACAAGUCGACGCACUUCAUCAAGCUCUCGGUACCGUGGCCCGUGCUGCUCCGCUACGCCGAGGAGCUCUGCCUGCGCGCCCCGCUUCAGGCUCACCCAAAUCCAAGUGUCAACUGGUCGGCGGGAGUGCUGGCGGCGCUACGCAUUCCCAACAUAAUGGAGGCAGACGUACCCAACAAGCCACUCGACUAUUACACCUGUACCUUCAAGUGCUCCAAGCUGGACAGGUUUCUGGGCAGCGACAACCAGGACGAGUAUUUCACGGUGACGCAGCGGGUGUGCGUCGCCUACGAGAUCCUGCAGACGGCGCGUUACGGUGCGCGUCGCAAGGCGCAGAUCGGCAUCGACCGACUCAUCGAGGAAGGAGUCUACGCAGCCGCAUUCCCUUUGCACGAGGGGGACUACCGGAAGCCUCCAGGCAACACGCCGCCGUCUACGUGGAACCGGCGUCAGGUGCUGUACGAGUACUGGGCGCGCUGGUCGUGUUGGUACAAGUACCAGCCGCUGGACCACAUCCGCGAGUACUUUGGCGAAAAGAUAGGCAUCUACUUUGCCUGGCUCGGGUUCUACACUGGCUGGCUGCUGCCUGCCGCCGCCGUAGGUUUCCUCGUGUUUCUCUACGGAAUCUUCACCAUCAGCAACGAUGGUCCCACGAACGAGGUAUGCAGCAGCGACAAAAAGUACCGCAUGUGCCCGCGCUGUGACGAAAAGUACGGCUGCGACUACUGGUACAUAAGCGACAACUGCAUCUUCACCAAGAUCACCUACCUGUUCGAUCACCCAGGAACUGUCUUCUACGCCAUCUUCGUCUCUUUCUGGGCCGUGACGUUCCUUGAGUACUGGAAACGGAAGUCCGCAAGCCUGGCUCACCAUUGGGACUGCAUGGACUUCGAGGAGGAAGAGGAGCGUCCUCGGCCCGAAUUCGCAGCCAGAGCGUCGCACGUCGAGCGCAAUCCCAUCACGGGGGCCAAGGAACCGGCCUUCCCCGCCCGUGUGCGCAAGCAGAGGGUCGCCGCUGGCGUCGCCAUCUUGCUCCUCAUGAUAGCGCUGGUGCUGGUGUUCAUGGUGUCUGUGAUCGUGUACCGAGUGCUGGUGUCGAUCCCCCUGUUCCGGAGUCAGUCGUUCAAGGGGCUCGCAUCGGUCAUCGCCAGCAGCUCAGGCGCGUUCGUCAACCUCAUCUUCAUCAUGAUCCUCGGAAAGGUCUACGAACGACUCGCAUAUCGGCUCACGCAGUGGGAAAUGCACCGCACUCAGACAGACUUCGACAACAACCUCACACUCAAAGUUUUCCUGUUCCAGUUUGUGAACUUCUAUUCGUCCAUUUUUUACAUCGCAUUCUUCAAGGGCCGGUUCGUUGGAUACCCGGGAAAAUAUGGACACCUUCUUGGCCUACGGAAUGAGGAGGCAAGUAUCGUAAAAACAUGCAGCGGAAGCGACUGCCUGUCAGAGCUCGCCCAGCAGCUGGCGGUCAUUAUGGUGGGCAAGCAGAUGAUUAACAACGCACAGGAGAUCCUUGUACCGAAGAUUAAGGCGUGGUGGCAUCGACAUAGGACCAAGAUGGUGUACCGUGAGUCGCUAACGCGCUGGGAACAGGACUACCAACUGAUCCAAAACGAGGGACUCUUCCAGGAAUAUCUGGAGAUGGUGCUGCAGUUCGGCUUCAUCACCAUCUUCGUGGCAGCAUUCCCGCUGGCGCCGCUGUUCGCGCUGCUCAACAACUGGGUUGAGAUCCGGCUCGACGCACAGAAGUUUGUCUGCGAGACACGCCGGUGCGUGCCUGAGCGUGCCCAGAACAUCGGCAUAUGGUUCUCCAUCCUCGAGUUCCUAGCCAAGGCAGCCGUCAUCAGCAAUGCAUUCCUGAUCGCGUUCACCUCGGACUUCCUAACGAGGACAAUGUACCGGUACGAAUUCGACUGGGACCUCAAGGGCUACGUGAACUUCACGCUAGCGCAUGCGCCAAAGGGUUCGUUAUCUCUACCAUGCAGGUACCGUGAUCUGAGGGACGAGAACGGGAAUUGGACUUUCUUUCACUGGAAGCUGCUGGCUGUACGACUAGCUUUCGUCAUUAUAUUUGAGCACGUGGUCUUCUGUGUAUGCCGACUUAUUGACCUGGUGGUGCCGGACAUCCCAAGUCAAUUGGAGCUGAAGAUCAAGCGUGAGCGAUACCUGGCGAAGCAGGCACUCGCCGACUCGGAGACCAUCAUGAAGGUGGCGCAGAGAAAGGACGACGACGAUGACGAAGAAACAGAGGCGCCAGCUGUCUGAAGAACCAGAAUCGUGUUUCGGGUUCAUCUGGCUUAGACUACAGCGCGAGCCCGGAGCAGGACGCAUGUGCACUUUGUCUCCUGCGGGCUAUUUUCUCAACGGUUGUACUUCCGAGGCAUUGCGCUACUAGGCUGCCGAGAAGUGCUGCCAGAAAAAGCGCCGUGAGCUACCAAGGCAACCGAUAAACUCAUCGAGCCUACAAGGCAGUGGUACCUUUUACGAUCGUGCGGGUACUUUGUGAGAGUUCUGUUUUAAGUCCAGCGCAUCAGGUGCUUCGAAUCAUCAUACGAGCGCCUGGAAGAUAUUGAAAUCUGAGCGAGGCACAGUUGCACACCGCUGUAGUUAACCCGAUGAAAUUUCAUCGGCAAGUAGGGCCGCUUUCGUACCACUUGCGUCAGAGUGAAUAGGUGUCGGUGAAGGUAGACUAACCUCCCACAAUUGGUCCGAAGCAAAGUUGAAUCUUUUACCCUUUUGUAACGCUGGGUCUGCAUCGACUGCGGCAAUAUACAGGCAGAAAUUAUCCCCCUGGCUAAUUCACGUGAUAAUUUACGCUGAAAAUCUGCACAGCGAUGGCCUUCGCAGUGAUAAUGUUUCAUAUCAAGUUCAGGUGCUUUGCUCGGCUCCUUAGAAUGAUCGGGAUCAGAAAAGUAACAGACAAGGUUACUAACCGUAAAAAUAUCCGGUUUGCUCCUUUACACCAGAAAUUGUAAAAUGCGAUAUUAAAAGAAAAAAAAAGAACAGGGCAGCGUGCAUUGCAUCCUGUGGUGGCUGGAACACUGAAAAUACAUGUUUUUCUCAGUAGAAAUUACUGCUUAGGCUUAAUUCACUUACGCUAAAUGUAAGUAGGUGGACAAUCGGGACUUCGAAGUGAAGCUGCGUCUCAGAAUCAGUCACUCGGCACAUAAGCCUAUUGGUUGGCGUCACGGCACUCUUGAGCGCGGCUUUGCUAUAUUUGACAGUCGUAAGGAGCUGAAUUUGCAAGUCCGAACUGGUUUCAGCCAUUCCAGCACUUCUGAGUAUGACCAAGAAAUCAUGUUCAUCACUCCUCGCGAACGUUUGUCCAUUAUGACGAAGGGCUUCGCGGCCAGGGCUAUUCCUUGACCCACACCCAGCUGGCUGUUGAUAUGUGUGGUACUUUUGGCUGCCUGUUGGCCGUAGCUUGUUGUGUGCAGACCAUGUAUCAUACCACGAGCCGCAGCGUUCGGAACGUGUUACAUAAAGGGCGCUCACUCACACACAUACUCACUCGAAGAUUUCUUGCACAUUCCCUUGGGUGCUGCUUCCUUCCAUAUGUCAGGUGAUGGUCAGGGAUAUCCAGUAAUUGCGUCACAAGACCGUUCCCGCGCUCGGCUGCCAUUUGAUCGACUUGAAAACGUCUCGCUCGGUCUUUUCCUGAUGCUUCUGUGCAUUACAAAAUUGACAAACGUUUUUCGCUACACGAAGGCUGCAUACACGCAUGUACUUACGCACGUGGACAUGUGUACACGCAUACGUACACAUGUCUGCACGCAUGCAUACGUAUGCAUGCACAGCUGCAUCAUUUCAAACGUUUUUAUAUUCUUUCAUUUUCUUUCAUGUUCGGACUUGCAUCAAAAUUGUCCAGAUUUUAGAAAUUUUAGCUGCCUGAGUACAAUAACCACCGCAAAAUUCUACCAGAGACUCUAUCAGGGACAACUCGGUGUAGAUGCGCACCAAGUAACACAUGUGUAUAAAUUUUAUGCUCUAGUGGAUUUUUAUCGUAAUUAUUUUUACUGCCACGAGGUCUGCGUUUCGCUUUGUGAGCGACCGAGCUUACUUUGACCUUGUCGCUCCUAAGACUCGUUUUAUUGUUAUUUAUGACUAUCGGAAAUGUCACGCUGAUGCGAUGGUGCUCAGUGAUAUCAUCGAAGGUACGCUAUUAGCUUGAUCAGUGGUUGGAACAAAUUCUCUGCAGAGUCCUUGAAAAUGAACGGUUAUAUAUUGUUAUUAGCGAAGUUUUACUCGUCGCCUCCUUGCAUGGUCUCGGUUCUUCUUUUGUAAUCCUUAUUGCAACUGACCACUCGAAUCAUGGUUGCCCAACAAAAACGAAGUGCCAACAUUCGUCGCCUUGGGUUCUUGCGCAGUUACAUGCUGUUCCAUAAUUCACGCUGUUCACUGGCACAAUGGUGCUUAUUAUGGAGAGAUGCUUCGCUGCUAUGUGAUUUGAAUAUUUUUCGCUUCAUAUUUGUUACUCGUGUUACUUCUUAUACGUGCACUAUGUAAAGACCAAGCUCCCAGGCGAAAGUAAUGCUUCUGCGUACAUUAUAGCCUCUUCUUUAGCACACGCAAGGCUCCCCACCUAUCCCGACAGAAGAACUUUACGUGCCACAAAUCUGCUCUUUUACACUUGUCCUUCCCAAUGGCCAUUUCGAGACACUCCUCCAAGCUACCACCGCCUCAGCGUUUGUUGCAUGACACCACUGCUUGACUAGCCGAGGAAAACCCACUUCCAGGCUAUUUGCCCCAUGUGAUGACAUUGCUGUCCACCGACCAUGUGUCAUCCAGCUGAACCAUGUUGACUAGCUGUACAGUUUAGUAUGAUGUUUCGUGGAGACUUUUCCUGCAUCAGUAAUCUGACCGAGAUGAAUCCACGGGAGUAAUCUUAAAUCAUGGCAGUAAAUGUUGAGCGAAUGUGCUCCCGGUGACCAAAUACCAGAUAAUCAUCGCCUUGUGUAUGCUAGCGCUUUUUACUUAACUCUGGCCUGGAUUUAAGAGUGCCAGCAAUGCCUGAUAUUUACGGUUGCGCCGAGCACAAGGCCUCCGUCGCCCAUGUUAACUGUUAGCCGCAUUCCCCGAACACCGCCCGUGAAGAUGAACCCUUUUUGAGAUACUCACUGUUGGUCUGUACCGCUACGCGCAAGCGUUUCGAUACACUUGUGCCCUACUGCCCAUGGAGUUCCCGUCAUGAGCGUCGUGCAGUGUGGGCCACGCACGUAUACCUUCGAUUCUCAUCUCUACAGUACAAGAGACGUGCUUGUUUUACGGUCGGAGGUGAUGUUCGACCACAAGGUUGUUUCCCCAAUAGCUGUUAUUUGUCCCUUCUCUAUAUUGUGUCUAUAUUUAUGCGGCUCACCCAUUUAUCACUCAAGUUAUUGUUGCACAAUUUUUUAAUGGUCUGUUGUCAAUACCGAUGUGGUUUUGCUGUACAUACAUUUUGUAAUAAACCCGCUCCUUGUUGUGUCA